AUGUGCGUGUACCGGGCUCCGCAGGCAACUGAGACAGAACAUCAGGAAUUGAUUGCUCAGCUGCGAUUACUCCUUGCCACGUCCAGAAGGGUGUUGUUAGUAGGGGACUUCAACAUGCCCGAGAUCAACUGGAGUAAAGACAGGGCACCAGCAGAUAUCGGGGGUGGACUGCUCGUAGAGUGGCUUCAGCAGCACGCAUUAUCACAACACAUGCGUCAAGCCACCCAUUUUAGAUCAAAUGACAGGCCGACCAUACUGGAUCUGGUGAUCACCAGAACCCCGGGUGGCAUAACAAUGAUAAUCCAGGAGGAGCCCCCAGGGGAAAGUGAUCAUGUGGUCUUGCGACUAACGCUAGAAAGUAGAUACCAAACCAGCGGCCAAACUUGGAGGCGAUAUGGUAAAGUCAGCCAAGAAGAACUGGCCAGAGCUGCGCAGGAUAAAAACUGGGUACCCCAUCCAGCUGAUGCAUCUCUGGAAACCAGAUAG